AUGCGCCAUGGCCUGCGCCUCGCCUGCGCGCUCCUCCUGCACGUCCUUGUCCCCGCCUACGUCUACUUUGAGGCGCCGUUUGCCGCCGAGCGCUACGUGCUCUCGCCCGUGCUUUUGAACGCGUCGGAGGAGGUCCACCUCGUCCUCCACCGCAUCGAGCCAAGCAGCGAGCCAUCAUGCGACGACGAAGCAAGCGACUUUGGCGUGCAGACCACCGACCGCCUCGUCGGCGUCGACAACGCGACCAUGUCGACGCUGUCCUUUGACGCCAUUGCAGACACGCCUCCCAACUCGACGUUCAUCGUGCCAUUGCUCACGGAGCUCGACGAGCCCGAGAUCGAGGAUGCGGUGCGCCUCGAAGGCUUUCUACAGCUCCACGUCAUGGCACCCACGACGCUCCGAGUGCGACGGCGCAGCGGGUUCCUUGACGCUCUUCCCGCAGCGGCGUGCCUCGCGCCGAAUACAAGCAUGUGCGUCAUGCACGCCGCGUUCGACCGCACGACGCGGCAGAUGGUGCUGCGCCUGGCGUUUUUCCAGAGUAGUAACAAUGACACGCCUGUGUCACUGGAGCGCGGUGAUGCGUUCUUGGCGGUCGACGGCGUCGAGAUCUCGCUCGCACCGCUCGACGAGAUUGUCGAAGGCGUGAUGCAACCGGGUGCGCCGCCUCUUGCCGUCCCGCUCGUCGACACUCGUGACGGACACGCGAACGUGCUCAGCGGCUUCUUGCGCCUCACGCGCCUUGAGCCACGCAAUUUGCUCUUUGAACCAACGCUGACGCGGCGUCGUGACGCGCUCUUGCGCUUGAUCGCAACCGACCACGCCGUGGCCGCGUACAAGGACGUGCCGGUGACGUACCGGCGGUUUGUCACGACCGACUCGAUUGGAGCUUCGCUGGCGACGGGAUUCGAGAGCGACGAUCUCUCAACCAGCGAGGCGCCUCGUCCGUCAAUGUUGCGCAUCAUCGAGACCGAAGAUGCGGACGACGACGACGAGGGAGAAAGAAAUGCAACGACACCCGCCGUGGCUGCCCCGAUCCCGAUCCCGACACCGGCCCCCGUGCCACCCCCUCCAGUUGUACUUGUGCAGCCAGUGCCAAGUCCACCGCCGCCACCACCGCCCAGCACUGACGAUAGCAUCUACUCGGUGACAUUUGACGUCCGGACGCGGCUUGGCAUCUCGUGGAAUGCGUCCGUGGUGGACAAGUCGGUGGUCGAAGACGUCGAUUCCUUCUCGCCGGCGGCCGCCGUGGGCCUCAUCAAGCCCAAGGACCACUUGGUAGCGAUCAAUACGGUCAACGUCUCGCGUGUGGGGCCGAUAGAGCUCAAGAAACCGUACUUGGCGGCGACGUGGCCAAUGACGCUCACGUUCUCCCGCUACAAGGAGCCCCCGCCCGCCCCCGCCGCCGUCCUCAACGCGACGGUGGCGCCAGCGCCCGAUACGCGGUUCUUGUUGCUGCCGCACGCCAACAUUAGCGCUGCGCGUCAAAACGGAUGUGGCUUUUACUACGUCGUCGAGUUUAACGUCGUGGGCAAUCCGCCGCAGCCCAUUGGCAUUGGGUGGGACAUGGACCUCGGCAACCAGUCUGUUGUCAAGCUUAUUGUGACCAACUCGUCCGCCGAGCGCGUCAAAGUGCUGAGUCUCGGCGACCACGUGGUCGACAUCAACGGCAUCAAUGUGUCGACGCUGCCGCCGCGGCGCAUGGCACAGACGUUCGAGACCGUGCGCAACCCGCGGCGGUUGGUGUUGUAUGCGCCGCCGUGUGCGAUCGCAACACCAAAUGUUGUCGUCGCUAAUUCUGGACAAGUUGUCGUUGAUCCGGUGCACGCGUUCUGGGCGGCCGUGCCUCUCUCGACGUUGGCGGGGCACCGCAAGGAUGGACACAUCGUGCGGUACGCGGUGCGCAUCGCGGCGCUCUGCGCGAUCGGGAUCGAGUGGGACCGGGACGCCCAAGUCGGAGCCAUCGUGCAGCACGUGCAGCCGCUCAGUUUACUCGCCAACCGGACCGACGUCACCAUUUUGCCGCUCGAGACGUUGGUCGGCAUCGACGUUCUCAACGUGACGACCCUACCCCUCGCCGACAUCAAAGUGCUCUUUGAGACAGGCCCGUUUCCCAAACAACUCGUCUUUGAGACGUCCCCGCACUCGAAUGUGACGAUCGCGGCUCCAGUUCGCAUGCGCCACACACUCACCUUUACGAACGACGUGAUGCUGCGCAACUGGAGCCUCCCGCUCGUCGUGGCCGACUGGAGUGCAGCGCAUGCGAUUGCAGAGAGCGUUGUCGUGGUCGUUGCAAGCCCGUCCACGGCGUGCUCGGCGCUGCAAACGUCGACGCCUGGGACGCUCGUGCUGGCCUUCCGAGGCGUGUGCGCGUUUACCGAAAAGGCCAAGCGGGUUGUGGACGCAAGCCGCCGCGGCCUCCUUCUCAUCAACGACCACAAGUCGGGCCCGCUCGCUUUUCCCACUACCAACACCGCCAUCGCGCCAACAACGAUCCCUGUCGCCAUGAUGGCCAAGGACGACGGCGAGCUGCUGUAUGCACUGCUGCAAUCGCGACCGACGGCAGGGACCGCGCUCUGGGUCCAAGAGCCCGCGGCCUCGCCUCUGCAGCCGUGGCCAGCCUCGGAGCCGUCGCCGACGACCAUGCGCGUCCUCGUAGGCAGCCACGAGCGCGUCAUGAAGGUCAACAACACGGGACCGCACCGCUUUGUGAAUGCGACGACUGCGCCGCUGCAGCUCGUGCACUCGUACCCGCUCCAGACAGCGUGUCAUCGGGACGAUCUCAGCGUCCGCGGUCGCGGCGCCGUUGUCGUCGUCAAGCGUGGCAAGUGCAAUAUCAUUCACAAGGCCAUGACCGUGCAAAAGAUGGGCGCCAAAGGGAUCCUUGUCGUCAACCACGACGAAGACCAUCCGAUAUACUUGGAGCCGCCGCGCGAGAUUCAUAUAUGGAUCCUCGUGAUCAAUGCCACCGACGGUCAGUGGCUCGAAGACGCGUUCCGUGCGUCCCACGACAUGAAUCCCGUGCCCGUGUUUCUGCGUCUGCAACACGAAUGA